CUCCCCCGUCUGUGGCGGCGGCUGGUUGAUGGGUCCGGAAAUCUCUUGAAGGUGAAUCCAAGCAAGAUAAACGGUACGGAGAGGAGGCGCGGGGCUGGGCUCAGACCAGCGGCGGCGGCGGCGGCUCCACUCCCUCCGCGCCCACCCUCCCACCAUGCGGGGCCGCGGCCCAUGGUGAGCCCCAGUAGCCAGCACCAUCGGCUGGAGACGAAGAAGAAGAAGAAGAGGAGGCGGCGAGCGCGGGGGAAGGCGAAAAAGAAAAAGAAAGAAGGGGAGAGGGCUGCGGGCAGCACCAGGACCGACGCGCGCACCAGCUCCGGAGCGCAGCUCGCGUGCGUUUGCAGAGCCGCCUGAAUCCCGAGCGCGGGCGGCGGCGGCGGCGGCUGCGGGAGAGCCGGGCCUGGGCUGCGCGCCCAAGGCGGACCAUGGAGCGCGGGCUGCACCUCGGCGCGGCGGCGGCCGCGGGCGAAGACGACCUCUUCCUGCACAAGAGCCUGAGCGCAUCCACCGCCAAGCGCUUGGAGGCGGCUUUCCGCUCCACGCCCCCGGGCAUGGACCUGUCCCUGGCACCGCCGCCUCGGGAACGCCCGGCGUCCUCCUCCUCCUCCUCGCCCCUCGGCUGCUUCGAGCCGGCUGACCCCGAGGGGGCAGGGCUGCUUCUGCCACCGCCUGGGGGAGGUGGCGGUGGCGGCGCGGGAGGUGGCGGUGGCGGAGGGGUGGGUGUCCCCGGGCUGCUGGUGGGCUCAGCCGGCGUCGGAGGCGACCCCAGCCUGAACAGUUUGCCGGCAGGGGCCUCCCUGUGCCUCAAAUACAGCGAGAGCGCGAGCCGGGGCUCGGUGGCCGAGAGUAGCGGCGGCGAGCAGAGCCCCGACGACGACAGCGACGGCCGCUGCGAGCUGGUGCUGCGGGCGGGAGGCACCGACCCGCGGGCCUCCCCGGGCGCGGGGGGCGGCGGUGCCAAGGCGGCCGAAGGCUGCUCCAACGCCCACCUCCACGGCGGCGCCAGCGGCGCCCCGGGGGGCCCCGGCGGUGGCGGGGGCAGCAGCGGCGGUGGCGGCGGCAGCAGUAGCAGCAGCAGCAGUAGUAGCAGCAGCAGCAAGAAAUCCAAAGAGCAGAAGGCGCUGCGGCUCAACAUCAAUGCCCGGGAGCGCCGGAGGAUGCACGACCUGAACGACGCGCUGGACGAGCUGCGCGCCGUGAUUCCCUACGCACAUAGCCCCUCGGUGCGGAAGCUCUCCAAGAUCGCCACGCUGCUGCUCGCCAAAAACUACAUCCUCAUGCAGGCGCAGGCCCUGGAGGAGAUGCGGCGCCUCGUCGCCUACCUCAACCAGGGCCAGGCCAUCUCGGCCGCCUCCCUGCCCAGCUCCGCGGCCGCAGCGGCGGCGGCCGCUGCCCUGCACCCCGCGCUCGGCGCCUACGAGCAGGCGGCCGGCUACCCGUUCAGCGCCGGCCUCCCCCCGGCCGCCUCCUGUCCGGAGAAGUGUGCCCUGUUCAACAGCGUCUCCUCCAGCCUUUGCAAACAGUGCACGGAGAAGCCUUAAACAC